AUGGCCAUGGAUGAUAUUGACUUCAGCGAGCUGAAAGAGCAAGACCGCCAGUUGAGGAGAACCAUCAAGUCAAUUGCUGAAUUUGUCAAAGAAUUUCAACAAGGACUACAUGAGGUUGAGAUCGAAGUUCGCUUGGACACUUUGGAUAGUUCCAUGUGUAAAUUUUACGAAGUGCAGAGAAGAAUGAAGGUAACCCUCGAUGACGAAGAUUUGAAAAGAAGGCCGGACACUGAAGAGUCGGAAGCACAACGAAAACGACGAGUUAAAACGCAAGCUGCUCGUCGUGAAGCUGAGUUUGACGAAGUAGCCUCCGAAGUUGAGAGGCUCUAUUACCCUUCUAAGGCUGCGUUGCUUAACCUUCGGCCUAAAAUGAGGGAACCAGCCGAAAUAGAGAAAGGUCCCAGGGUUGAAGACCCCGCUGUGUCUCGGGUUAAGCUUCCCGAUAUUCAAUUACCCAGCUUUGGAGGAAAAAUACGAGAGUGGAUAACCUUUCGUGAUAUGUUCACAAGUUUGAUCAACAACAACAACCAACUUUCUCCUAUUGACAAAUUCUCUUACUUGCGAUCGUCUGUUACUGAUGAAGCCCUUCAGGAGAUUAACUCUAUUGAAAUGACCGCUGCCAACUACCAAGUCGCUUGGAGCGCACUCGAAAGGAGAUACGAGAAUAGAAAACUUAUUGUGAAGGCCCAUUUGGAUGCACUCUUCGCUAUUGAACCGAUGCGGAGAGAGAACUGUGAAUCGCUGAAUCGGUUGAUCAGUGACUUCGACAAGAAUCUUCAAAUGUUGAGCAAAAUUGGGGAGCUACCGGAAAAUUGGUCAACGUUACUUGCUCACAUGGUGUGUAUGCGUCUGGAUGCAGUUACUCUUCGACAUUGGGAGACGCAUCACAACUCGAAGGAGGUUCCUACGUUCGUCAAAAUAAUGGAUUUCUUGCGUGAUCAAUGUUUAGUUCUCCAAUCCCUUCUAUCCACCAAUGCACCUGAGUCAGAGUUUAAUCAAUCAAGACCAACAACGACUCACCCACGUGGACGUUGUGUGUUCUGCGGAGAAGCUUUCCACAAAGUGUUUCAAUGUCGGGAAUUUUUGAAUUGGUCGAUCGAUAAGCGUGUGUCAGAAGUCACUAAACACCGACUUUGUAUAAACUGUUUUUCACCAGGACAUACUCCAAACUUUUGUUCUAAAGGUCCCUGCCAUCACUGCCAGAAGAAACACCAUUCACUUGUGCACUACUGGAGGCCUCUCAGUUACUCACAAUCAUACUCCUCCUCCUAUCCACAAACGCGUCGUAGACUAAGUUCUGUUAGCCAACAAUCGGUGAACCAUUUUAUGCCAAGCAUACAACCUCAACCAGUAUCUGUCAGUCAACAACAGGUGAACCAGUUCAGACCAAGUACACAAUGUCCACCACAGCGCACACAAAAUCAAGCACCACCCCCAUCUACCAAUUCCUACCCAGUGAUCCAAUCAACUAAUCCACAACAACAUCCACAAUUUGUCACAAAUAAUUCGUUAUCGCACACUUUUGGACCCACUCAAAGGUGGAGUGAGGGAGUUCCUUUAAAUUCUGAUGUCAACCGACCGUACCAUUGCUAG